AGAGGGCGACACUUCUCCGAAGGGCAUAGCACCAAACGUUUUAAACCGAGACAUAGCCUACUCUGUAGAACAACACAUGGGCAAAUUCUGCAGAGAAUAACAGAUUACUCCACACAGCAUAAACAUCUCUUCACGUUCAUGUGUAGCCAACUUUAAAGCAAGCCUCCUGACGCGCAUCAUAGGAUGUUAAUAUAUAAAAAAGCAGGCAUCAGAGGUGCUUGGAUACGGUGGUUCGUAUGCAUCCUUCUCUCACUUCUUCAUGGAGUAAUAUCCGAAACCAGUAGAGCACUGGAUAUAAUGACAAAAUAUCCACUGAUUGAUGGACACAAUGACCUGGCAUUACGUCUGAGAAUGCACCAUAAUAACAAACUGAGCACUUUCAAUAUGCACCACAAUCCUAAAGUGGCUACAGAUAUUAGUCGCCUCACUGCUGGCCAUGUUGGAGGACAGGUUUUUGCGGCGUACGUGUUGUGCACGGCUCAGGACAAAGAUGCUGUCAGACUGACCUUGGAACAGAUUGAUGUAAUUCGUCGUAUAUGUACUGAAAACCCAGAGUUGGAACUGGUCACCACAGCUGAAGGAAUGAGGACUAGUACAAAAAUCGCAUGUCUAAUCAGUAUAGAGGGAGGCCACUCCAUCGACAGCAGUUUAGCAGCACUACGCAUGUUCUACCAGCUUGGAGUAAGAUCCAUGGCCCUCACACACAACUGCAACACCCCAUGGGCUGAGAGCUCAUCAAGUUAUUACACAUAUUACCAGCAGAAGAAUAACAGCCUGACAGAUUUUGGCAAGGCAGUGGUGAAUGAGAUGAACAGGUUGGGAAUGCUGGUUGAUCUGUCCCAUAGCUCAUGGGAGACAGCCAGAGCUGUGCUGAAACAUUCUACUGCUCCGGUUAUUUUCAGCCACUCUUCAGCCUAUGCUAUCUGUAACAAUAUUCGCAACGUACCUAACGAGCAGCUGCUGCUGCUGAAAGAAAAUGGCGGGCUUAUCAUGGUGAACUUCUACAGCAGUUUUGUAGCAUGUUCAAAUAACGCAAACGUGUCUGUUGUGGCUGAUCAUUUUGAUCAUCUAAAGCAGGUGAUUGGAGCUGAAAGCAUCGGGAUUGGAGCAGACUUUGAUGGGGCACAAGGAUUCCCUAAAGGCCUGGAGGACGUAUCCAAAUAUCCAGCACUAAUUGAGGAGCUGAUAUCAAGGAACUGGACUGAGGAAGAGCUGGCGGGAGUGCUAAGACUGAACUUCCUCAGAGUGUUCCGAAAGGUUGAGAAGGUCAGGAAAUUCAUUCUUGUGUCCAGUUCCCAGUUCAAUGAGGUACGUGAUGAUAUGCUGUACAAUUUACCCAGUGAAGCUGAAAUCUCACUUUCGGAAGUAAAUAAGAGCUGUCGUGCGAUGCUGGUCCAUCCAAGCAGCCAUCGAAAUGGAAACGCUCCAUUAACGCCUGUGAAAGCUUUGAUCUGCUUCAUCUUAUUUUUGAUCCAGUUAAAGUAAUCUAACAAACAAUGAAUCAACCAGAGACAGUAUACAAAUUAAAUGUUUACCACAGACUGCUUAGCCAACACUUGAUUUAAAAUCUCAGCAAGACCAGGAGUACAUUUGGAGACCGUUCGCUGACUGAAACUGACACAUUUAGGUCUUUGACCAUUUUGGAAACUGUUAAUGUUUGGUAACAGUUUAUGAAGACCAUACUUUAGAAUUGUUUCAUAAUAUGUAUGGCAAGUGUACAGAUCACGCGAGGAAACAAAAUGAGGUAACAAACAGCACUGUUGCAUUAUCUUGUACUUUCUUAACAUAUCAAUAAGAAACAUCUGUUUCUUUCAGUCUGUCUGGUGUUUCCCUUUUGCAGAAGUAGAUCUAAAAAUGUAGAUAGUAGAUAUAAAAAAACAAUUUGUUAUAUUUUUAUUGAAUACAAAAAUAUUGUAUUAUGCAUUUCAUUCAAUAUAUGUUGAAAUGAAUGAAUGUAUUAUUAAAUUAUUUCUUUCCAAACACAUUUCUCAAACACUCCAAUCACCUCUUCCACCAUGCUCACCACUUGGACUAACAAGUAGUCCUACCUCAAACUCUGUUGAACUGCUCAAAUGUAAAGAUUAAUCUUUUGGAAGCACCAGAGAGUCACAGUGUAUACUAACAUUUAUCUGCAGAUGACACAGUCUUUCGAUAAUACUGUAUUCAUUUAUUAUAGAAGGAAAAAAUACUCAUCAAAAAUGCAAUUCCACCUGUUUUUUCAAGCUUCUUUUUUGUUAAUCCACGAGGUGUGCAGUUAGAGGUUGUCUUCUCUGAGGCAAAAAUAAGAUCAUAUAAUACAUGUAGCAUGUUCUGUAGUUCAUAGUGCACUUUAUUGUAACUUUUUUCAUAUUCUUUGUUUUAAAAUAGUUUUUUCUUAAUACUAUACAUAAGUCAAAUGCAUAUUUCAUUAAGUGUUUAAUCUUUCUCUUUGACAUGAAACACUGUACAGAUUUAACACUAUACAACCAGUAACAGAUCAUCACCUUUAUAUACCAGAUAUAAAUGUUGUUAGUCAAUAGAGUUUUCCAUAUUUUCUUCUAUUUGUAUAACAAAUGUAUGUAACAAAUGUCUGUACAGUAAUCAUGCCCUAAAAAAAGAAUAAAGACUAUCGGUAUCCAAAAUGUCUCAUUCUCAAUGUGAGUUGUGUACUAAAAUGCAAUAUGUUGAAAAUGAAUGGUUCAUUUAUAAAGAAUCAAUCUCAAAAAAGUGAUACAAUGCAGUUAUAAAUUACAAAAUCUACCCAUCCCAUUUCAGCUCCUUUGGUUAUUUUCUAAUACAGUGGGGAGUUUUACAAAUAAAUAAUGAAGACAAAAUAAAUAAAAAAAAUACAAGCACUCAAAUGGCAAUUUAAAUUUAGCACUUGCAUUCUGAAUGGCAGUCUUGUAUCAGGAAGCACUAGAUCUGUUACUUGGGCAGUGAAAGUCAAGAUAAUCACAUGUGCUCGUUUUUUAUAUUAGUCGCCCUGUACACAAUAAUGUUUUGCAUGUCAUUUGUUUAUAUUAAAAGGAAAUGGAAUAUUUCUCUUCUAAAUGAGCUACUGUUAACUGUUGUGAAAUAUUUUUCUUGGCUCUGACCCAAGCCACAAUAUUUUCUAAUGAACUGUUAGCAUGCUUGAAAGUGUAUGUUGCUACAUCAGCGAUUUAAACUCAUCAAUGUUAGCAAAACCUCAAAUGCUUUAAAGUGGGAUUGUCUACUUAAUGUCAUACGUAAGCAGUGUUGUUGC